AUGGAUGUGGUAUUGGGCACCGAAGACGUCAUCUCGCUCGAUUCUAAGAUGAAACUAGCACACGCCUUGUCUCAACAGCAUAAGAACAGGGAAUCAGAAAUACUGUUACCAUUUUUACUUUACAGCCAGGGGGGGGAAUCAGAUGAAGUAGGUCAGCUGUUACAGGAGUUGGUCCGGCCACAAGAGAAGGCGCUGGGUACUCAAGACAGUGGGAUGCACCGAACUAAACAUUUGCUAGCAAUGACACUAUGGGAGCGAGAGUGGUAUGCAGAGGCAGAACGAAUACUGAAACAGCUCAUACAGCAACGGAAAGGGGUUGAAAAUGCCGAUUGUGACGAUAACCUUGCGAGCAAACAUAUGCUUGCAGUGACGCUCUACAUGCAUGGGCUGCACGCCGAAGCAGAGCGAAUGUUGCAGAAGGUGGUACAGCAGCGAGAGUUAUUGCUCGGUUUGGGUCAUGAGGACACAAUUGAGAGUAAAAGGUGGUUGGCAGCCAUGCGUGACAGACGGGUUAAGCCCACAGAGAGACGGCAUUUAUCCUCGCAAUCGGUUCAGGGACCACAGAAAGUUCUGACAAUUCAUUAUGAGAGUAAUUCUGCAAGAAAAUAG